AUAACAGAAUUAUCACGGCUGGUACGUCCUACACUUCCAAGCACUGUAAGAGCAAUGUUGAGAUUCCUAUUUGUUGAUUCCUUAUUAAUGGAUUAUAGUUACAAAGGUCAAAAAAAAAAGAUUUUUUCAACACUGGCUGUUUGUUCAUUGAUCUUUAAUUCAAUAAAGAAGAUUGAAAAAUUUAAAGACAGCAAUACCAUUGACAUUGAAGGGCCAAUUAAAGUCUUUAUUGCAGGUGCUAAAUUUCGAUCAAAAACACCAAACAAUGAUAGCGAAGAAAAUAUUAAUCACACAAUUUGA